AUGGAGCGGGGGUUUUUCCUCUCAUCCAGUGGGAGAGUGGUAGCGUAUCAGAACCAGCGCCCUGACCAGAUCCAAGGUAACAAAAGUGCAAGCUCGGAGCAGUCACAGGAAACCAUCAACGCAGAGGCGAGGGACGCAAUUAAAGAUUUGUUCCCUAACAUCCCUACCAAAGACCUGAACCAGAUUGUAAAAACAGCUUUUAAAAAGGAAGCCAGAGCGUCGGUCGAAGAACCCACCCUUGCUAAACUGGUCCUGUGGCGAGGCGAUGAUGAAAACGGUACAACUGUACUUGAAGAUGUUUUCCGUGAAGUCAUCGUUAUAUCUGACGAUGAAGACGAUGAACGAGAUGGUGAAGAGCAGGCGGUGGAAUUACCACUGCCACCUCCACAACCUCGCCCUCAUCAUGAUAUCCCUAGAGAAAGCAUGGAGCUAGUUUCCAGGAAUACCACAGAGAGGCAGAUUCCACUCAAUUAUGGAACUCCGAGGGAUAGCCAUUUUGUUACCCGUUCUUUCGCCCCACAGAAUUCCAGGCAAAACCCUUCUACUCCCAGCGUGAUCACUAUUGAUACCCCUAGCCAACAUUCUGAACGGAGAACCAAUGACCACAGAGGGUUCCGCAGGUAUGAGGCAUGGGACCGAGCAAGAACUCGGUAUAGCCAUCUUGUAAACGGAGCUGCUGCUACCCCUGCUGUGCCAGAACAACGCUCUCCACGAUACUCACAAGCCGAACCACGGCAGGGAUUCCCCGGCAGGGGGGAAGACCACCGAGUUCGGCUAUCGCCAUCUAUGGAUUGUUCAGUUAUAAGAGCUACUGAUAGUAGUACCAGGAGAGAUGUUGUUACAGAUUAUGCCCAACUUGCCAACCCAUAUACACCAAGAAGGAUCACGGCCCUGAAAGAGACAGAGCCUGAGGCGAGACUCAGCUAUCCUCCAUCUGGGCUUGCUCACUCUGGGCUGUCGUCGGCGCCUCCCCAGUCCCAAACGGGGUCCCGUCUUGAGUCCCGAGAUUACCCCAUUAUUCCAUCGAUUGAGAGCCCGAUGGCUCCGAUCAGCCGGCCGGAGAGGCCGGAUAGCAUCCCAAGAAACAGCCCAAGGUUGACAAUGAUGAUGCCCGGCUCUCCAGCAUCCCGACACAUGAGACCCACUGAGAACGGACCUCCUCCCUCGCAAUUAGACAAGCAUGCAAGGCAGCAGGAAAGACACUGGGAUGGCUCCAGGUAUUCUCGUGUCGUUGGCACUCCCCAAAGACCGCUGCCCGCCACUGUACGGAAUGAAAUACCGUCCUACAACAACCAUGUAUCCCAUCUGGAUGAGCCAUCCUGGAGUCCCUUAUCUGGAGGCCAGCUCCACCAACACCCGCAGUCCCAACCGCUACAAAGCUUAGAGAACAUGACACGCUCUCCGUUACUGGAUAGGCCGAGGGUUGUGCGAGUAGCUCAGCCUGGUCAGGCCAAUCCUGAGCAGCGAUAUGUCCACCAUGUGGGAGAGCAUCACAACAGGGAGCGAGGCGUAGUAUCAUCGUCCUCUCACCAAUCAGCUAUGGCUGUGACUAACCCAGCAGAUGCACCAAGAAGGAUAGCUUCACGGUAUCCGUACCCUGACAACCCAGCAAUAGUGAUCCGACAGAGACAUAGCCUGAAUCCCCGUCUGGUCGCCUAUCCUACAGAUACCGACAACCGUUUGGCGCAGAAGCGAGACGACCUGACUCCCCCCUCCGCCUCCUUAUUGAUUUACCUUUCUUUCUAUCCCACCCUCUGGAGAUCUUCCCUACGAUACUCUUUUCUCUUUGACCCUCCCUGUCUUGUGUCCCUUGUAAUAUCCGUGCUGACCAAGUUAUAUCUUGUCAAGUUAAAGCAGACUCAGAUGGAGGACGGCCGGCAUCAUCAUCACCACCACCAUCAUCAUCGCCAUCAUCAUCCUGCAGGGAUGACACCUGUGGAAAACCGGGAGCCUGCUCUCACGCACGGCGACAGUAGCACCAACCGCUAUGGCUAUGCCUAUGUCGAGAAACAGCCUUAUACAUAUAUAGUGGACGGUGAUCGGCCACCCGGCCCAGCGCCAGAGCCAACAGCAGCAGCUGGAUCCUCCUAUCCUAGUGCGGCCUCCGCUUUCCGGUCUUAUCGCUCUCCUCCACCGCCGACGUCGAUACGCAGCUCCGAGUCGUCGGCCAUGACCUCUACGCUCACUCGCACCUGGACCGCGCCCGAGCUGGGCCCUUCAAACGGCCCCAUCCGCAGCCAGCAGCCAUACACUCACCAGCCAUUCCUCUAA